AUGCAUCCAUUCUGCUGCGGUUCAACGGUGACGAUCGACAGCUCCGACAUGCCGCCCCCGGCGCAGUCGCCGCCGUCAGAUCCGGCGACCAACGCGCAGAAUUCGGCGGUCUCAUCUAUUCGAGAUAGCCGAUCGGAUGAUAAGAGAUUCUCCAUUUUUACUGGGACAAAGAAGCUCCAUCUGAGGGCGGAGAGCCGGGAGGACAGGACAACUUGGAUGGAAGCUUUGCAGACUGUGAAGGACAUGUUCCCAAGGAUGUCCAACAGCGAGCUCAUGGCACCCGUGGAUAACCUGGCGGUCUCGACUGAGAAGCUGAGACAGAGACUGUUAGAAGAAGGGCUGAGUGAGACUUCCAUUCAACAGAGCGAGCAGAUCAUGAGGAACGAAUUUGCUUCAUUGCAGAAUCAGCUGAUGAUCUUGAAGCAGAAGCAUUGGCUCCUCAUGGACACUCUUCGUCAUCUAGAGACCGAAAAAGUUGACUUGGAGAAUACAGUCGUUGACGAGAGCCAGCGGCACACUAAAGAUGUUGGAGCAUCUACUAACACAAGGCAAGAUAAGUCUAGUGGGAGCACUACCGAGUCAGAAGAUGAAAUUGAAAGAGUAGAUGUGGCAGAUGAAGAUACAGAUGAAGAAGACAAUGUUUUUUUUGAGACCAGAGAUUUUCUUUCUUCUAGUUCCUUUAGAAGUAGCGGGUCCGAUUUUAGGACGUUAUCAUUAUCAUCUGAUGAUAAUGACCAUUAUACUUAUGUUGACGAGGAAGAUAUUGAUCCUGCUAUUAGAUCUGUUGGAAUGAACUUUCCUCGCAUUAAACGUCGCAAAAAAUUGCCAGAUCCUGUUGAGAAAGAGAAAGGAGUGAGUUUAUGGUCAAUGAUUAAGGACAACAUUGGGAAGGAUCUUACAAAAGUAUGUCUCCCGGUUUACUUCAAUGAGCCUCUCUCUUCUCUGCAGAAAUGUUUUGAAGACGUGGAAUAUUCAUAUCUGAUUGACCGGGCCUAUGAAUGGGGAAAGAAGGGUAACAGCCUUAUGCGGAUGCUAAAUGUAGCUGCAUUCGCAGUAUCUGGAUAUGCUUCAACAGAUGGAAGAAUGUGUAAACCUUUCAAUCCAUUGUUAGGGGAGACUUAUGAAGCUGAUUACCCAGAUAAGGGUCUCCGAUUUUUCUCAGAGAAGGUGAGUCAUCACCCCAUGAUUGUAGCAUGUCAUUGCGAGGGUAGAGGCUGGAGGUUUUAUGGUGACAGCAACCUCAAAAGCAAAUUUUGGGGACGGUCUAUUCAGCUUGACCCAGUUGGUGUUUUAACUAUUGAAUUUGAUGAUGGAGAAAUCUUCCAGUGGAAUAAGGUAACAACAUCUAUAUACAACUUAAUUUUGGGGAAACUUUAUUGCGACCAUUAUGGUACAAUGCGAAUACAAGGAAACCGUGACUACUCUUGCAAACUGAAAUUCAAAGAGCAGACUAUCAUUGACCGAAAUCCUCAUCAGGUGCAAGGAGUUGUCCAGGAAAAAAGUGGAAAAACGGUGGCAACUUUGUUUGGAAAAUGGGAUGAGAGCAUGCAUUACGUAAAUGGAGAUUUCUCCUCCAAAGGGAAAGCACAACAGUCGAUGUCGGAAGCUCAUUUGCUCUGGAAACGUAGCAAGCCUCCAAAGUUCCCGACGCGUUACAACUUAACGCGGUUUGCCAUCACGAUGAAUGAGUUCACUCCUGGACUAAAGGAGAAGCUUCCCCCAACAGAUUCAAGGCUUAGGCCUGAUCAAAGAUGCUUGGAAAACGGGGAGUACGAGAAAGCAAAUGCCGAAAAAUUGCGCCUAGAACAGAGGCAGCGGCAGGCGAGGUCGAUGCAAGAGAGAGGAUGGAAACCGAGAUGGUUUGCGAAAGAUGAAGGUUCAGAUGCAUAUCGUUACAUAGGUGGAUAUUGGGAAGCUAGGGAAGAAGGCAAUUGGGAAUCGUGUCCCGAUAUUUUUGGUCAAGUUACUUCUGAUCAAACUACAGAACCAGUAUGA